AUGAAUGCAGAAAAAUUACAAAAAUCGGAGCCUAUGGAAAUUCCAAGCUGCGUGCGAAACUAUAUCAAUGAGUAUAGAAUCCAGCAAAGAACCCUAGGUCCACAAAUAGCACAACAAAAACAAAAGAACGAGGCGGAUUCGUUUUCACAGAAUCCAAGGGCCUGUUUCACUGGGCCUGUCAAUCAGUCGGUCGGCUUUCGCACAACCCUGGCCUGUUUUCACUGGGCCGUCGAGUCUGACAAACAUACCCGCAAGAGCAAACACGGCGAGGACAGCGAUGAGAAGAAGAGAUCGGAACAUCGUGAAAUUUCUCUUUCAACGUUGAACAUAUAUAUACCUCGACCUCAUAUAUACAUACAUAUAUAUACCUCAAAGGACCUCGACGUAGUUAGUAAAGAGGUCAUCACGGUUCGCAGCACAAUUGACGUGGCAAAUGAAGUUAAGGCCCGUGAGAACAACAUAGUUUUUUUUAAUUUCAGAAAAGACUUGGAUGUUGCUAAAGAUAGGGGCAAUGUUCUUGGCUUUUUAAGGUUCCUUGCAGACGAGUCUCUGAAAGAUGAUGACAUAUUGAAAAUAUUUAAGCAAGGUAAAAAGCCAAGCGUAUCGUCUCCCCCGCGUCCAGUGGUUGUUAAGUUUAUCAACCUUUCUGCAAAAGUCCUGGUUAUGAGAAGAUUGUUCAGAUUAGCGCUGCUAAAUGAAAAAAUGAGGGAAGUGAGGAUUAGUGAUGACCUUACAACGGACCAGCGUCUGCAGCUUAAAAAAUUGGUUCUUGAGGCAAAAACGCGGGAAGAAAAGGAUGGUCAUUUUUUAUAUCGGAAUGUUUUCAAGGUUAUAAAAAAAGAAUUACCAGUGGUAAAUUCCUUUGAAUCACUUGCUAUUAAAUUUCGGUGCGGUAAAAGAACGAUUCUGUUAUUGGCAGUUUAUCGACCGGGUUCUGUACCAAUUACUCCUGCAUUUUUUGAUGAGCUUACAUUACUCUUGGAGCAGAUUUCGUUAUUGGCGGACUAUGUCAUUCUUACGGGGGAUUUGAAUGUUCAUUUGGAAAAGGUUGGAGAUACUCAUUCAAUUCGGUUGGUAGAUGUUUUUCAUGCAUUUAACCUUGAAAAUAGAGUUAAGGAAACUACCCAUGUACAUGGUGGUAUCUUGGAUCUAGUGGUAUCCUCAAUGGAAUUGCCUGUGUCCUCAGAUAAGCUUGACAACAUACUAGAGACGAUGCCUGGUAUCAAAGAACCUAUUGUUUCAAAUAAUCGUGAAAGUGAAUGUGCUGAAGUUUCAUUAUUUCAGUCCUGUUCUAGUGAUGAGAUUCGUCAAGAUAUUUUAGAUUCACCUACAAAGUCGUGCUCACUGGAUGAUUUGCCAACUAAAAUAGAUUGUAUAGGAAAAUGA